AUGUCUCAGCCGAACGGCCCCCUCGUCGACUCGAGCGGCCCAUCGACCUCAUCACCGGUGCUGGGAACGACGAUAUCGCUGAUCAACGCCGCUCAGAUUCUGCCUGCUAUUCAGAAGCACGUCAACACCUGUCCGAUGUAUCUCUACCACAUCAAGGAUAAAGAGCUCGUUUCUCGAGCACAGUUGGUCGACAGGAUCACCCUUUAUCUCGAGGAACGCAUCAGGCUUAGGGCCGGUGAAGACCCGCAAACCAUAGACACGCUGGCUCAGAAGCAAUCGAAAUUUCAAGAUUUCCGCAUCCGUACUGCCUCCGCCUAUGCCAUCCUCUCACACAGAUGGGGAGACGAUGAAUUGAAAUUCGGCGACCUGCAGCAGCGGGAUACGAUUGAGAUGGAGAAGACACAGGGCUUUGUGAAGUUUGUCGAGUUCUGCAAGGCGGCGGCGCAAAGCGACUACAGUUGUCUCUACGUUUGGGCCGAUACCGCGUGCAUCGACAAGAAGAGCAGCACCGAUCUCGACGAGGCCAUAAGGUCGAUGUAUAAUUGGUAUAGGAAUGCCAAAUUAUGCAUUGUCUAUCUCAGUGCCAGCAACCCUGAGGAGCUGGAGGGCGACCCCUGGUUCAAGAGGGGGUGGACGCUGCAGGAAAUGCUGGCGCCGAAAAGGCUCAAAUUCUAUUGCAACGACUGGUCGAAGCUCUACCCUGGCAGGCGAUACGACGUCGUCCGCGCUAGUCACGUAGCUCCUGACGAUGCAUCUUCUGAGGAUCCUCAAAGCAAAGGGAGUUACUUCGAUGUAGACACCGCUUCCGACUGUGGAGACACUGGCGACGAAGGCAUAUAUCCUGUUUCAGAAGUAUCGGAUGACGACAAGGACACGCAUUAUGGUCCCCAGAAAAAGAUGUCAGUCUCAGAGAAGCUGACACCCGAAGUCCUUAGGAGGCUAGUCGAGAUUACAAAAAUCAGAUACCGGUUCUUAUUAAAUUACGAUCCAAGCCCUGCCAAUGCUCGCAACGUUUUUCAAUGGGUUUCUGAGAGAACGACAUCUCGCGCCGAAGACAUGUCCUACUGUCUUCUUGGCCUACUGGACAUACAGAUCCCCAUUGCGUAUGGCGAAGGCGAAGAGCGCGCAUUCUAUCGCAUCCAAGUCGAGUGUUCCCAUCACGUUGAAGACAGGAGCCUGUUUCUCUGGAAUGGGAGCCGCUCUCGGUGGAAUACGAUGUUCGCAGACAGCCCUUCCGCCUUCUAUCACCCCAAAGCGCACCAAGGGGACCCCCGGUCCUUAUCCUCUAAUUGUCUCUUCAGCUCCCACUCCGCACGAAAUCUGGAUCCUUCAUUCACCUUGACCAACUGCGGGCUGCGCAUCAUGGUGGCUCUUCAUGAUGUCAAGUUCGUGGAGGUUUCCACUAAUUCGGAGAGGCACACUUAUGUGCUCACCGUAUUCAAGAAGGGUGAUACCAAGGUGAAUCUUCGCUGGCGAGGCGACCCCCCUGCCUCGGACAGGGUGACAGCAAGAUGGAAAGUUGCAGUCGUUGGAGGAUUUGGCGACAACAAUGCCCCCUUCGCCAUUUUGCUGCGUGAAAGGGCUACUAAAUUCCCGCCUCGAUACUACCGACUCUCGUCUGCUGUCUUCGAUGAAAUUCCUUCCCUCAGUUCCCUUACCCAAAAACCUCCAAAGACGGUCUGGAUCCAGUAG